GAAUACCAGAUCGACAUCAUCUUUGCCCAGACGUGGACAGACAGCAGGCUGAGCUACAACAGCACCAUGAAUAUCCUGACCCUGAACAGCAACAUGGUGGGACUCAUCUGGCUCCCCGACACCAUCUUCAGGAAUUCCAAGAACGCUGACUCCCAUUGGAUUACAACGCCCAAUCAGCUGCUCAGGAUAUGGAACGACGGGAAGAUACUCUACACGCUAAGGCUGACCAUAAAUGCAGAGUGCCAGUUACAGCUGCAUAACUUCCCCAUGGACGAACACUCCUGCCCACUCAUCUUCUCCAGCU